CCCUUUUCUACUCCCCCUCCCCCUCUCCCUCCCAUCCUCCAUUCCCCAUCGUCAUCUUUUCUUCCUCUUUAUCCACUUCCUCUUACUCUCCAUUUUCUUAUUUAUGUCACUAAACUCCCCCCUCCCUUUUCUUUCUCCUUUCCAUAUCCUCUAAUCUCCUCCCGUUUCACCAUGACUGCCAGUACCCCGCAGCUCGAUACGUCCCCCAAGCCCGCUGACGCGGCGACAACCGUCGUUCAGUCGCCGACUUCUACUUCUCGUUACAGCAAACACAUUGUCUUAACUACCUACCCCGGCCAAAGCGGGAUCGAUCCCGUCCCUCUCGAAUGGGGCGCCCCCGAUGCCAAAUCCCGCGGUCCGGUGAUCGUCUCCCGUAGCCCGAACCUCCUCAAGCGCCGCAAUGCUAUGGGCGCUCACGGCGGAAGCUACAGCAUUUACAACGCCCUCGCCAUCGCGGCAGGUGACCUGGACCCGAAUUUCCGCCCGGACCUCCGCAACAGCGAGCCCACCUUUAAAUUCCCCCCGCAGCCCGCCUGGGGCGACAAGACCAAGAUCGUGUCCAUGGACCCUUACGGUCAUGAUGUUGUCAACCAGUACCGGGACGAGUUGGAGGCCGGCUGGGACAUCCGGCCCACCAUGGCUGUCACGCGCGCGAACAUGAAACUGGCGGAGAUUGGCGAGGCCGUGCGUGAGGGCAAGCUCGAUGUCGACGGGUCGAUUGUGGUGGACUCCGGCGGUGAGGUUCGCGUCACCAAGGUCGCCGUGGAGCCCGUCUGGUACCUUCCCGGAGUUGCGGAGCGGUUCGGCGUGGAUGAGGGGACGCUCCGACGCACGCUGUUCGAGCACACGGGCGGAAGUUACCCCGAGCUCAUCACGCGCCCAGAUUUGAAGGUCUUCCUGCCUCCGAUUGGUGGGUUGACGGUCUACAUCUUUGGACCUCCGGAGCGAGUUUCAGAUGAGAAUGUCCGCUUGGCGCUGCGGAUUCACGAUGAGUGCAAUGGCAGCGAUGUCUUCCAGUCGGAUAUCUGCACGUGUCGUCCGUACUUGGCGUUUGGUAUCGCGGAGGCGAUCCGGGAGGCGCAGAACGGCGGCAGUGGUGUGGUGAUUUACUUCCGCAAGGAAGGUCGAGCUCUUGGUGAAGUCAUAAAGUACCUGGUGUAUAAUGCUCGCAAGCGCGGUGGUGAUACUGCGGACAAGUACUUCACUCGCACGGAAAAUAUUGCUGGUGUCCGAGACAUGCGCUUCCAAGCCCUCAUGCCCGACAUUCUCCACUGGCUGGGCAUAAAAAAGAUUGACCGGAUGCUGUCCAUGUCUAACAUGAAGCAUGACGCCAUUGUUGACUCUGGGAUUAAGAUCUUGGAGCGUGUGCCUAUCCCGGAAGACAUGAUUCCCAACGAUUCUCGUGUCGAGAUCGACGCCAAGAUCAAUGCUGGCUACUUCACCACCGGUAAACAGUACUCGAUGGAGGAGUUGGCCGCCGUGAAGGGACGCGGUUGGGAGAAGUGGGAGGAUGUUACGCACUGAUUCCAUGCCUGCAUCUCACGAGCCAUGACCAUUUUUGAACCGGCGUUCGUCAUGUCUACUUUUUGCACUCAUAAUCAUACCAGAACUGCAUAGCAAGACUCUUUCACAAAUUGAGAAUAACAGGAAUAAUAUAAAUAUCAGAGCUCUACUUGAGUCUGCACUAUGGGAUACCUCUUGUAUAAUCACAGCGGUGAUAGCGUGUAUGCUACCUGUCAUCGGCUUCAGUCAUACAGGUAGUCUCGAGCCGUAGUGUGAUGGUCCCGUCACGUCAUCACCAAUCAUCAAGACUAG